UUUACAAGCGGAAUAAGCGGUAAAUGGCCGAUGCGGACAGUGACGGCUUAUGGACGAGAUAUUGAAUGUCUAAACACCGAAGAUCUGCUUCAUGCGACUUUUGUCCCUUGGCGAGGCAUUCUUAUUUCUUCGAUCUUAUUUAAAUCAGGAGGUUUGGUACCAUAACCCACAUGGACUGAAGCUUCUGGCAAACCGGGCAACAGAGAUUGGAGAGGACGACCGACCAGAAUAUGAAACAUGACAACCGCAUCACUUUGGAAAGAACUCAAGCACACUCCUCAUCAUUUGCAUUUAGCCCUUUUUUGAGAAUGUUUAAUUGGGUAAUUCUAUGUGGUUAAAUACGGAAUUGUAUAACAGGGAGAAUCAUUAACUAUACAGGUGUAUUGCCGCAGUUUAGGAUUAAUUGUAUUUCGUCACACUUGAGUCAUGGAUAUUUGGACUUGGCUGCGUUAAGGUACCUGCUGCCUAUCCUUCGAUCAUAAUGGAUCAAGAUGAUAACCAAGAACCAUGCGAGCCCCCUCCGCAAGUGCUUUACGGGCCCCACCGGAUCCGGCCAUCAUCGUACCGGGCUCUGCGGAGUGCAGUGUCCAGCCUGGCACGAAUUGAUGAUUUCUUCUGUGAAAAAAUCGGCUCUGGAUUUUUCUCUGAAGUGUUCAAGGUGCAGCACAGGAUCACAGGGCAGGUGAUGGCUCUGAAGAUGAAUACUAUGGCCAGUAACAAAGCCAACAUGCUGAGAGAGGUGCAACUGAUGAACCGCCUCUACCACCCCAACAUCCUCAGGUUUUUGGGGGUUUGUGUUCAAGAAGGACAGCUUCAUGCUCUUACUGAGUACAUUAACGGGGGCAACCUGGAGCAGCUGCUAGACAGUGAUGUAUAUCUAUCAUGGACUGUGAGGAUAGGUCUGUCUCUGGAUAUUGCAAGAGGGCUGCAGUAUCUACACAGCAAGGGCAUUUUCCACCGAGAUCUCACAUCCAAGAAUUGUUUGGUGCGUUGUGAAAAUGGUGCUUUCACAGCUGUGGUUGGUGACUUUGGACUGGCAGAAAAAAUCCCUGAUUACAGUGAUGGUGUUGAAAAGCAACCUUUGACUGUUGUGGGCUCCCCCUACUGGAUGGCCCCAGAAAUGUUGAGAGGAGAGCUUUACAAUGAGAAGGUGGAUGUCUUUGCAUAUGGAAUAAUCCUUUGUGAGAUUAUUGGCCGAAUUGAGGCUGAUCCAGAUAUCCUGCCACGGACAGAGGAUUUUGGACUGGAUGUUGACGCAUUUGAGCACAUGGUGGGAGACUGUCCACCUUCAUUCCUUAGCCUGGCUGUCAACUGCUGCAAUAUGUGUGCAGACAGUCGUCCUGCUUUUUCUGAGAUAGUACUGAUCCUUGAGAGGAUUGAGAGAGAGAGGGAGAAAAAUGAAGCUCCAGUUAUCUUAGAACCUGUUGCCAUUGAAGACAGCCCAUAUAGGAGAAGAAGUUCGCCAUUCCAUCCAGGUGACCAGCGUCUGUCACGCAGUCAGUCAGACAUAUUGCCUCCGGCCACAUCACCGUGUUUAGGCACACCUGUAAGGGUCAACCCCUUCUCUCUUCGCCAAGACCUCAAUGGUGGUCGCAUCAAGCUGUUUGACACCCCUAGCAAAUCUGUCAUCUCCCUCACUUUUACUCUUCCGCAAACUCCAGACCCAUGUGCCUCCCCAUCCCUCAGCGGUAGACAGGGACUCCGCGGACCCCCUCGAAGGUGUCGGUCCCUGCCGUGCACCCCUGAGCUGCUAACUUUCCAAUACCAAGAGGAGCAGAAAGAGGAAAAUAUGGAGAGGAAAGAAGAACUAGGAGAUGGAAAGUUAGCGAAAGAAGUGGAGGGAUGGCAAGAUGGAGUUGAAGACUCAGGCCUGGUACUGGAUUUAGAGAUGGUGUCUUUAGAACGAGUUGAAGAAGAGGAGGAGGAAGAGGUGGAGAAGUGCCUCACAGAGCCCAUGGACUGUAGUAGCUCCCCUGACACAGCAGAGGGCACCACACCAGUAAAGAGGCUUAUUAGUGGUUCUUAUUCCUCUUCCUCCUCUUUGCAGCCAAAUGGCUGGGCUAUGCCUGUCUCUAAUGGACCGCCAUUGUUACCUCCCCUUCCCCGUUUGGACAAUUACAAUGGACUGCUGAGGCCUGGGCGGCCUAUUGCAUGGGCUAGACUAAACGGUUACCGCAGCCCUGCCCCGAAGCCAGUACGACCCACUACCGAACAAGACGAUGUAAUUUCCUGUCCUGCUUGCUGUCUGGCUGGUUUCAGCAUCCCUUCCAUGUGCCUGCGUGGAGCUCCUCCUCGUCGUGCACCCCUGCGACGACCGUAUAGGAACCUCAAUGGAGGUGAGGCAUCUGCAGCCACAGCAAAUUUCUGUCGUGGAACUAAGGGUCUGGCUCCACCCACAGCAAUUUGUGAGCCAAGCUUACCCCUUCCAGAGGCCCAGACCUAAAGAGAGUGACUUCAAAAAAUCUGCAACAUCUUAGAAAUGACACUGUAUUUACAACACCACACUGUCAGGCUGCAGCAGUAAUAUCAGUAUGGUCAUCUUACUGGAUGUGGUGCAGAGAAAAGCAAGUACAGAGAAUUGCUUUAACUACUGGUGGUUCGAUUUUGCAAUGUGUGGAUGAGGCACAUUAAGAGACACAUUUUUGGUCCUGUAGGGCCAGUUUUGUGUCAUAGUUUUGGUUAUUUAACAUAAUCCUGAUUCACAGUUAAUAUUAUUAAUAUAUUAACAAAGGGUACUUUUAAAUGUUUGCUCUUUUUGGAUGCACUUAAAGUGACUGUGUUUAAAACAAGCCAUGAAACUGUGUUUGGGAUGAUGGAGACCCAUCAUCCCAAAUAAUAGUGGAAGGUUAAGCAUUUUCAGCUUAUUUAUUUAUUCAUUUAUUUAUUAGAUAAUCAUUCCUCUUCAAGACUGAGUGCUCUUCACUUUGCCCUGAGAGUAUAUGAGGUGUGUGAUGCUGCAUACUGAUGUAAAACUUUUGUUGAUAAUUCUUUGUGAUACACGUGUUAGUUUAAAAGCAGUGUGUGCAUGUCCUAUGGUAAUACUGUAAAUGAUAUACUAUUUAAUAGGCAUUUGUGAAUGCUGCAAACUUUUAGUUUUACAGAAAGGAAGGUUUUGUGGACUGCUCAUGUAGGAUAGCAGUUUCAAUUUUGUCAUCAUCUCCCCUUAGUGGUCAGGAGGAUUCACUCUUGUCCAUUAAUGCUACUCUUAUUAGGAAUAAACAGAUUUUUCUGCUGAAAGUGAUGUUAUAAUGUAGAAAGUUGACUUUCACCUUUAAUCUAAAGCUAGCUCAUCUUUUUUUUUUCUUUUUCUCCCAAUUGGGCAUGCCCAAUUCCCAACGUGUUGGGACUAACGUUCUCGUGGUCGCGUAGUGAUUAGCCUCAAUCCGAGUGGCGGAGGACGAAACCCAGCUGGCCUCUGCAUCAGAGAUCGUCAACCAGCGCAUCUUAUCACGUGGCUUGUUGAGCGUGUUGCCACUGAGACAUAGCGCGUGUGGAGGCUUCACGCCAUCCCCUGCGGCAUCCACGCCCAACUCACCACGCGCCCCAACAAGAACAAACCACAUUAUAGCGACCACGAGGAGGUUACCCUAUGUGACUUUACCCUCUCUUGCAACCGGGCGAAUUUGUUUGCUUGGGAGACCUGGCUGGAGUCACUCAGCACACCCUUGGUAUUAAACUAGCGACCUCCAGGGGUGGGAGCCAGUGUCUUAAAUACUGAGCUACUCAGGCCCCUCUAGCUCAGCUUUUUUAUAAUUUUUAAUGAAUCAUAUGUAGAAACAUUGUCCUAGAUCAGCACAAAAAGCAUUUUGCACAAAGUGUUUCCAGAUGCCACCAUAGAAAUUGGAAAGGGAUUGUUAAUUCAAAAACAAAAAUUCCAAACUGUAUGUUUGUUUUUCUUUCAUGGAAUACAGAAGGAGAUAUUUAGCCGAGUGUACAAUUGGACUAAAGGCACAACUUUAAGGAAAUUUGCUUUUUUCUGGACACAAUAUGUUCAAGAUCGAGAAAAAAUAAAUGGCUACUAGUCCCGUUGUACCCUAAUGUCUUUUUUGUGUUCCAUGAAAGAAUUUUCAGUUUUGGGUGAACUAUUCCGUUAAGGCAAAUAUGAGGCAAGUGUUUAAUAUAUCUCUUGUGUUUGAAAAUGUACAUGAGUGUACAUUUUCCCAGCAGCCUAGAUUCAAUGUGGUCUCAUAUACUAUAGAUCCUGAACUGACCAUCUCUACAUCUUCAGUCUAAAUUGAUUGAAUGUGAUUUCAGAAUUCUAAUUCACCUUUUGCAGUUUUGUAUUAGUUUAUGGUCUUUAGAUAUAACCAGAAUCUUAGAGAGACUGUAUUGCUCUGUGUGUUCUGGUGUAUUUAUGGUCUGACCAAACUGCAGAGUUUCUGAAGUAACACCUUAGAAAUGCAUCCACUAUGAGUUUCCUCAUGCUUGUGUACGAUCACCUGCUUAUGAGCAUAGGAAGUAUGUGCAUGCUGAGCACUGUACAAAAGAGUGAUCUGUACUGUACAUAUCGAUGCAUGACAAUAGGCAAAAAGCUUUCAAGUCCGUUAGUAGUUUUCUUCAGGCUGGCAUCAGAGGUGAAGUUGUCUCAAGUCAAGUUUGAAUUCCAGUCAGAUAUAGUUUUAAAACUUGAGGAAUAUAUUUUAAUGAACUAAAUUGUUUUUAGUACUUUAAAGAGUUGAAGUUUUUGAAUACUAAUCUGUCAAGCCUGGAAGUGAGCUGUGAAAAUAAUGUCCUCUCUUUUCAGAAAGUUGAUAAAUGCCUCACUGAUUAUGACUAAUUUAUAAUUUUCAGUGCACUGAAGAGAUAAUCCAUUGAAAACCAUUUGAUCAUGUGUAUUUGUACAUCACAGACAGUCAUAACUUGCCUCCUUUAUGUCAGUGAUGAAGUGAUGUUAUAACAGAUUGGGAAGGAUUUGUAAAGUCCAUGUGUCACAUUGCUGUGUAAAAAAAAUAUAAUUGUUUGUUUUUAAGAGAGGACUUUCUCUCUUAAGCAAAGCACUUAUGAUUAUUGUUAUUAGUUCUGGGGAACAACAGCUUUAAUAAAUGUCAAAGAGUUAUGUUAUUUAUGACAAUUUCAUCAAUUAAAAAGACUGAAUGUAAGAUUCUCUGUCAUUUUUAGAGAUAAACUAAUUUAAAAUUUUAGAUAGAAAUGGUUAAUGGCAAUCAGAACUGAGCAUUGUAAUGAUAAUAAACAUAUGAUGAGUCUGAUCAAUAUGUGGGACAGGAGCCAGAGCUGUAGCACAGUGGGUUGAGCUCAUGACAUGUAAAA